CCGCCCGGGUCUCCGAGGCCCCGGCUGGCCCCGUCCAUCUCUGGGCUUCUCUGAGUCUCGUGCUCCGGGUGAGAUCUGUUGGGCCCGGAUCGGUUCGGAUCCUAGCCGCCACCCGGUUGCUUGUCCAGAGAGCUCAGCUCUGCCUCCAGCUUCAAUUCCGGUUGUGGCGCGGCCUGCGCUGGGAGGGAUCCAAGCCUGAGGUCCCGACUCUCGUUCUAGCUUAGCUCUGCUCUCAAGUCGGGGCUCAGGUCUGCCACAGCACCCGAGCGCCCUAGCCCAGGUCCCAGCGCUCAGUCCUAACCACCAGCGUCGAUCUCGGCCUCCGCCCGGUCGCUUUUUGAAUCUGGGGUCAUGCCUUGAUCCCAGGCCGCUACUGGGCCAUGGUUUCCGCACAGGCUUCAGCCCCGCCUGGGUCUAGGCUUUAGCUUUGGGCCUCCGGGACCCUCUCGCUCUCGGAGCGCAGUGUUGUCUUCCGCUGGACUACACUCUGCCGCCGUACUUUGGAAAGCUCACGAUCCGUGUUUGCUGGUUUCAUGGUUCCUCAAUGCAGGCGCCCAGCUUCUAGCGACGCAGCAGGCGCCUGCUGACCUGGUCAUGAGGUCGAGGUCAUCGCAGUGCCCAGGGGCGCGGGGAAGGAUCUGACAGAUCUAGGCGGGAAGCUGGAGUAUGGAGUAUUGGUUCCUCGGAGCAGGGAGCAACGCCUUCUUCCAAAUGCUUUCUCCGGAAGUGGAGAAAGCUGUCCUGUGGUACACAUUCUCCCUGCUCAGACACACACACACACACACACACUUCGUCAAGAGAAGACCUCGGGCCCCCAAAAGCUUGUGAGUCAGGGAAUGUGGUGGGUGGCGACCCUCGCCCUCUUUGAACUUCCAGGGACCUAGAAAGAAGUCCUGAACCUAGGAAGAAGUUGGUAGACGGUGCCGUUCUCUGGGAAACCAGGAGAAGCAUGGUUAGGAGGCGGGCACUCCCCCCAUGUCAUGAGGAUGCGGUGCUCCUCCUGCCCGUCUUCGGACUCUGUGUCUAUAUGGUCUGGAAGCUGCAGGGGCCACAGAGAUGCAGGCUCAGGGCACGCGGACAGCGGGUACGUUCCCUCAUAGACAACUGUGUGGCUUUCUGUUCGCGUGCAGCUGUUGAAAGUCUAGGACUUGCAUGUGACUGCUGAAACUCUGCGAUGUGUGGGCUCCCCCAGCCCCACCCCGCACGUGGCUUGCAAGGUGCUUGGGGCAGGGAGCACAUCUGGAUCGGGAUGUGAGAGGAUUGUACUGUCGUUCUCCACCUCCACCCUCUUCGGAGGUGGUGAAGGGUGUGGUGUGGAGACGAACUUUUGGCUGACAACUGCUGUGCGUGUACACAGACAAAGGGAGGUUGCGCUUGUGUGCUGUGUGGCCAAGACUGUGAGCCGAUUCGGAACCAAGUGUGCUCGGUGCGGCCGCCAAAUCUACGCCAGUGACUGGGUGCGGAGGGCGCGCGGCAAUGCCUACCACCUGGCCUGCUUCGCCUGCUUCUCCUGCAAGCGCCAGCUGUCCACCGGCGAGGAGUUCGGCCUGGUUGAGGAGAAGGUGCUUUGCCGCAUCCAUUACGACACCAUGAUCGAGAACCUCAAGAGGGCCGCCGAGAACGGGAACGGUCUCACGCUGGAGGGGGCGGUGCCCUCAGAACAGGACAGUCAGCCCAAGCCGGCCAAGCGCGCACGGACGUCCUUCACUGCCGAGCAGUUGCAGGUUAUGCAGGCGCAGUUCGCGCAGGACAACAACCCUGACGCUCAGACACUGCAGAAGCUGGCGGACAUGACGGGCCUCAGCCGCAGGGUCAUUCAGGUGUGGUUUCAAAACUGCCGAGCGCGUCAUAAAAAGCAUACACCGCAGCACCCGGUGCCGCCCUCAGGGGCACCCCCGUCCCGCCUUCCCUCCGCCCUGUCCGACGACAUCCACUACUCUCCCUUCAGCAGCCCAGAGCGGGCGCGCAUGGUCACCCUGCACGGCUACAUCGAGAGUCAGGUACAGUGCGGGCAGGUGCACUGCCGACUGCCUUACACCGCACCCCCUGUCCACCUCAAAGCCGAUAUGGAUGGGCCGCUCUCCAACCGGGGCGAGAAGGUCAUCCUUUUUCAGUACUAACGCUGCCGGCACUUGCACAUCUGUCCAUGGGCACCGCACAGCUGCCCCUCAGCCGCUGAGAUCCAGCACCCACCUGUGGCCGGGGACCCACCGCCUUUGCAUACACCCUCACCCGCUGCCAUCCUGCCCUCUGCCAGUGGCCCCCUGGAGCCAGGCCCGGUCUUUCCCUCUCCUGCUGAUGUACCAGAACCAGGUCCCUCUCCGGGGACGCUCAGGGAGCUCAGAGGCUCUCAGGCUCCCUGAAAUGUGGCAUCAGCAUGAAAACAAGCAGCCUGUCUUUUCUCAUCAGAUGGAGUCACCCUUAACGUCAGCUGAUCACAGCAGCAAUGGCCAACUCGAUCGCGAGUUACCAAACAGCCUCCUACUUCACAGGUUUUCUUCUCCCCCAUAUUGGCCUUUAUUUACAACGUCCUUGGAACCGUCUCUGAAUUCUGAAUAGCCAACAACCCCCAACAUUAUAUACUCUGUUGCUUUUGUCUGGAAAACUCUACAGUGUUUGUGGGAUGUCCCCAAAGAAAAGCUGUGUUCUAAUUUUAUCAUUUCCAUCUGUCUGGUUAUGUCAAGUUAACUCAGAAAAAGAAGAGACACUGACCAACCCUGAGAGGCCCAACAGGGCAGAGAUGGAGGGCUGCCCAGAUGAAGAGGCAGACAGACAGGCAGGGAUGGGUGCCAAAGACUCCCCAUUGGCUUGGAGGAGAGGGACUGGGUAUGCUGGACUUGGAGAGGUGAUGACCGUCUCAUGGAGAGAAAAGAGGAAACUUGGAGGGGGGCUUCCCCCACCUAAUUACCCAGCAGGAGUCAUGGCAAGGAUGGCAUCCUGAUCUGCAUGAUGACACCGCUGAAUGUUUGGGUGGGCUAGCAUUUGAGACCCUUGUUGGCCACUUUUCAGUCCUGAGAGAGGGGCCUGAACCAGUCUUCUCUGGGGGUGGGGUGGGAGCACUCAUGAGGAUCAAGGACCAAAGCCCAGUGAAACGGCAGCCAGAAGAACAGUUCUGAUUCAUCCCCGAGGGAAGAGAGGUGCCCAGGAUUCCAGCUGGCACCUCUGCAGUUUCCCCACCAACUCUCCACAGAGCCAGCUCCACCCACUCCUGAGAGCAGAGGCCAACUCCAAAUACAGCUUUCAGGUUAUACAGUGCCCCCCACACACAUACCAUUUAUGUCUUCAGGGGAUGCCCAUUUGUCCCAAGCUUAUCCUGUAAUUCCAGAACCACUCUGUGGCCUGAUGCUCUUUUUACUAGACGCUGCCUAGCAGCAUGUUUUAGCCAAAGUCCUUCUCCUCACUUUGAGAAGACUUCAGGACAGGGAAGGCAAGUUCAUAGUAUAUAUGGAGUUGCUCCCUGCUUCACUCAUGGCAGACAUAGCUAAUCAAUCACAGUACUCUCUCUCACAGAGUCUGGACAAGGUUUUAGAAUUUGUAUGCUUGAAGUUGGCACUUAUUUGAGAACCACUGUGCCAUUUUGCUGUGAGACCUGAAGGAGAGUUAGGCAUGGAGGAAGCCCCUGAAGGAAACUUGCAUCUUUUCCCUUCCAGAAAUUGCCAACUGACUGAGGACAAAGAGAAAGCACCACCCAGAAUACUGUGAGUGUGGUUGAGUUCAGAACUCCAGUACACUGAGCCAGGCACUGACUCAAGCAGGAGGAGCCUGGCCUGAUCCCUGGUGUUGGGGAACCCAGAUCUUUCUUUUGAUUUUUGCUCCUAAUGAUCAAAACCCCAAUCGCAACCGUGUGGGACAUGGCCAGCUGAGCCCGGGUCACUCGGUACCCACUCUGCCUUGAGCUUUCCCCCAGAGUCUAUUUCUUGCGUGGAUAACGUGGCAGUAGCAUGUUGCAGUUCAAAUGUCUCCACUAUCCUGUUCAGAACAGCCUGGGAAUGUACAGGCCAUAGAGGCUAUUUAUUUAAAUACACACGCACACACACGCACACAUACACAAAGGGGGGAAACACACAAAUGGAAAAAAUUGUAAGCACUUUUUUUUUUUUGUAAACCAAUGUCUGUUUUGUUACAUACCUUUCAUGUUGUGCUUUGUAAAUGUCUUAUUUGUGUAAUAAAUAAAGUUAAUGCGAGUAGAAGUGCUGGCGCUUAAACCCACGA